GGCGGUCGGUUCCCCGCACAGAUCUGGAAGGAGGUUCUUGCUUUAACAGUGAUUGAACGGAACGGCUUCCUGCUCGCAUUCUGUUUAUUAUUCGGCGUUUAACAGAAGGUUUGUUAUUUUUUUUUUUGCGUUUUAAAACCAGCCGAAAUGGAGACUUCUCAGAUCCGUCAGAACUACCACCGCGACUGCGAGGCCGCCGUUAACAAGAUGGUGAACCUGGAGCUUUACUCCUCCUACACCUACACCUCCAUGGCCUGCUACUUUACUCGCGAUGACGUCGCGCUCGAGGGUUUCGCGCGUUUCUUCAGAGAGAACGCGCACGAGGAGCGCGAGCACGCGGAGAAGUUUGUGUCCUUCCAGAACAAGAGAGGCGGCCGCGUUUUCCUCCAGGACGUCAAGAAACCAGAGCGUGAUGAGUGGGGCAGUGGACUGGAGGCCAUGCAGUGUGCUCUGCAGCUGGAGAAGACUGUGAACCAGGCUCUGCUGGACCUGCACAAGCUCUCCACUGAUAAUGGAGAUCCUCAUCUCUGUGACUUCCUGGAGUCUCACUACCUGAAUGAGCAGGUGGAGACCAUAAAAAAACUGGGUGACCACAUCACCAACCUCACAAAGAUGGAUGCCGCCAACAACCGUAUGGCUGAGUACCUGUUUGAUAAACACACCCUGGGAGGAAGGAGUUAAAACUGCCUCUGCACUGAUCAGCAGACCCUCCAUCAUUAACCCUAGGAGUUGAAACGAGAGUAACUUCCUGUCUGUAAUCUCUCAUUCUCAUGUGGAGGAUUAAACACUGACCAUUUAAAUGAAUAAACACUGAGAUGGGCACAGACCUGUUUAAUUCUCUUUUCUUAAAUCCUACUGAGCUA